CUCCUGUGUUAUACAGCUAUGCGGCGCUACUGAAUUGGUGUUUGUCCUUUUGAGUUUCAUUGAGGAAAAAAAAUACCAUAUGGACUUUGCAUUGGGAGUUCGUUUAGGCGCUUUAUAGGUUUUAGUCGUAUUUAGGUUUAAUCAUGUUGAAAAAUAAUGGAAAGAAGACCGCAAUCUCAGUAGCCUGCACAGCAUGUCUCUGCCUGCUGCUGCUGCUCCUGGUUGCUGUGCAGCAUCACCGGGUGCAGGUGAGCGAGGUGACGAGCGAACGGGACAUCGGUACGCGCUCUCUGCUCCAAGAUGCCACGCCGGGGGAAGGGGAGAGCGCACCGCCCGAGAGCGCACGGGAUAAGAAAGGAUUCUCGGCUUACUUCACCAAACUGACCCGGGGACGGAGGGAGGUGGAGAAGCCCGCACGCUCGUUCGCGGACCCCCCUCCAGCUGAGAACAUCAGCGCGGAUGACAUCUUCAUCGCAGUGAAGACCACCAAGAAGUUCCACCAGUCCCGGCUGAGUCUGCUUCUGGAGACAUGGAUCUCCAGAAACGUGCAACAGACGUACAUCUUCACAGAUGGAGAAGAUGAUGAGCUGAAGAAGAAAAUUGGGAGUCAUGCAAUUAACACCAACUGCUCUGCGGCACACAGCCGACAAGCUCUGUCUUGCAAGAUGGCGGUGGAAUAUGACAAGUUCAUCGAGUCGGGGAAAAAGUGGUUCUGUCACGUAGAUGAUGACAAUUACGUGAAUGUUCGGGCCCUGGUGAAGCACCUGUCCCAGUACCCCCACACCCAGGACAUGUACCUCGGCAAACCCAGUCUGGACCGGCCAAUAGAGGCCACAGAGAGGCUGGGCGACAAUAAGAUGAAACCAGUGAAUUUCUGGUUUGCAACAGGAGGAGCAGGUUUCUGUGUGAGUCGGGGUCUGGCGCUGAAGAUGAGCCCAUGGGCCAGUGGCGGUCACUUCAUGAACACAGCCGAGAAGAUCCGUCUUCCGGACGACUGCACCAUCGGCUACAUCAUCGAGUCGGUUCUGGGGGUCCCCCUGACCCGCAGCAACCUGUUCCACUCCCACCUGGAAAACCUGCAACAGGUGUCCAGAUCUGAGAUUCACAAGCAGAUCACUCUAAGUUAUGGGAUGUUUGAAAACAAGAGCAAUAUCAUCAAUUUGAAAGGAGCGUUUCCAGUAGAGGAGGAUCCAUCAAGGUUCAAGUCUGUGCACUGUCUCCUGUACCCAGACACCCCGUGGUGUCCUCUCCAGGUUCCCUAUUAGGGCGACCGCUCCUUUCUCAUCCUCGUCUCCGUCUUGCCUCGGUAUCUGAAAGGCUCGUGGAGACCAGUGUUUGGUAUUAGACCAUGUGGCUGCUGUAUUCUUGCUGCAGUGGUGCAUGGUUUUUAAUAGUUUUACUGGGCUGCUGUGCGGCCCGCCUCGGGACUCUUCCUUCCUCUCUGGAGCCAGAGCCUCAUCCCGUAUUAUGGGGUACGGUCGGAGGACUUCAGCUCUGCAGGAAGUAGCUUUCAUCGUUAAGCUUUGCAGGCAAUCAGUUGAGCUUUGUGAUGUACAUGUUGCUUGUAAAUGUAUCUGCUAUUCUCAUAGAAUGUAUUGUCUUAUAUUUGAGCCUUUUGCCAGCUUUACAUUAACACUUUUUUUUUUGCUUUUUAAAAUGCAGAGCCCUUCAAGUCUAUGUUUGUAGGCUUUGGGCUUUUUUCUCAUUUAAUUGGCUUUUUUGGGUAUUUCUUUUGUAUCAGAUGACUCCGGACAUUUGCUCUAAUAUGAAGAUGUUGUUGUGCUUUUAAGUUAACAGUGUUAUAUUCCCCAUAACCUGAGCUGGCAGUUGGCAGAUUUUCAAAUGCAUCCUUUGGCGAUCCAAUCUGAUGUGUAUCAGGACAAAGCACUUUUCCCUUCCUCAUAGUUUUGUUUUUAUUUCACGAACUUACCUAGUUUACAUCCUCUAAUGAUAUACUUCAGAUUUGUCCCAAACUAACAAAAACCCCCAAAAAUAACCCCUCAAAAUCUCAACAUUUGCUCCUUUUGAUGUAUUUAAUAACACUCCUUGCAUUAGUUACAAUCAAGGAAAAGUAAUGAGUGGUAGAGAUUUUGCUUUGGGGUUAUAGUCACCUUUGCUUUGCUUUGACAAGUCUUUUUUUUUUUUUUUUUUUUUAAUAUUGCACAGCUGUGUUUCAAAUGGGCUGAUGUUUGCUCCUCACCUCUGAAAGGUACAACAGAGAAGAAUUACUGUCUUUUUAGUUUGGAUGAUUCCCAUUCAAAGAAGAAAAGCAAGAGCAGUUUGAAUCAGUAGCACAGAAAAGGAGAACCAGAUGGGUAAACUGAGCCGCAGUCUAUAAUAGUUUGCACAAAAGACUGUUGAGCCUCUGUGUUGUUGUCAAUAUGAAUGUUCCUUAUUUACACAUAACAUCAGCUGGUUACUGUUGAGGCCUGCGAGGUGAAAGCGACAUCAGCGUUUCCUCAUGGAGGUGUCUGUGUUCCCUCUGUGUCAUUUCUCACCCAUAUUGGGUUACGCUAUACAUCUUGAUUACAGUAUUGUGUACUGUGCCUUUGUUUAAAUUAGUAGGGAUUGUCUAUGCUUAGAAUGUAAUUUCCCCCUUUGUGGUUUACAUACACUUAAUGACCUGUAUUUUUUUUUUUUUUUUUUUUUUUGUGGGACUGCUUUAAACUGUGCUAAAUGACUGUGGUGUUUUAUUCUCCAGUAUCUGGAGGGUUUGACCAGUUCAUUCCCAAUAACUGGCUCCUCAGGGAUUAUGAGCUGAUCCUGGUAUUAACUACCAUGGGACCCACGGUGGGACCUAAAACUCUGAAUAAAAAUGUAUAACCACUGAGAAA